GCGCCUUGGCCCUUUACUUAACUUUAGGCGCUUGCUGAUCUUGCUAUCUUAUCGAUUUCCUUUUACACAACGAUGUCAGUCUUUCCAGAUGGGACGGCACCUGUAAAGGCAGAAUAUCUAAUCUCCGUCGAUCCACUUCCUGUUCCCGACGACGACGCUGCCGAGGGCGGCCAGGGCUCUCGUUCUCGCAACGGACGUGAUACCACUGAAGCCAACGACGGUGGAGGCAGAAACAAUAAAAAAAGAAGCAAAGAAGAAAAAAAAGCUCGUCAAGGCCAAAACAAAAACCGACGUUUCGCAAAAGUACGCGACGAGCAGGAUAUUUGCUUUAAAGUUGCCGCUGGGAUUUUAUGUGAAUUUGGUGCAGAUUGCAAGUAUAACCAUGAUUUGCAGGCUUAUCUCGCUGCAAAGCCGCCUGAUUUACGGUUGCCGACUGUGGAUAGGUUACUGGAUGCUGGCGUGGAGGAUGCAGCUGAUUCGCAACCAACACUAUGUCCAAUCUUUGAAGAAUUUGGCGAAUGUAAAUAUGGAUUCAAAUGUCGAUAUCUCUCCGCCCAUAUCCAAAAAUCGUCUUCCGAAAAUGGAGGGACCGAAUCCCUCUCUCUUGUCGUCGAUGAAGAAAAGAAGGCAUGCGCCGCGAUCAGUGCAAAGGAAGUCAACUAUAUCGGUGGGGAGACUCAGAAACUGCUUCGGACUAAGAAAUAUCCUUUCCCGGUGACCGAUGCGUACUUGCUGGAGCUGCAAGAAGCGGGUAAGAGGGAGCAGGAGAUUGAGAAGGAGAGGAAACGGGUAAAAGAGGAGGAGACAGAAAAGGCAGAGGCGGGAGAUGACACGGUUGUCGUAGCAGAGCCAGAACAAUCCCUAGACAGUGCGGCUAAAGUACAAGAACGCACUGCUAUGGAUGUCACCUCUGCUCCUCAAGCCGACCUUGACACACCCGAUGUUCCCAUGAGGUUUUCGGAAAAAAACAGAUUAGAUUGGAAGGGAAAGACGUAUCUCGCUCCGUUAACUACCGUCGGUAACCUGCCUUUCCGCCGUCUGUGCAUAUCUUACGGUGUUGAUAUAACCUGUGGUGAAAUGGGCCUCUCAACCUCCUUCCUCUCCGGCUCCAAAGAAGAAUGGUCUCUCGUCAGACGGCAUCCCUCCGAACGCACGUUUGGUGUGCAAAUUGCCGGGAAUAAACCGAAUACAUUGGUCCCUACGGCGGAAGUGCUUGCAAGGGAAUGUGGAUCCCAAGGAGGCAUUGAUUUCGUUGAUGUGAAUUGCGGAUGUCCUAUCGAUUUGGUGUUCAAGACAGGGAGUGGGAGUGCUCUUCUUGACGCACCAGGCAAACUUGGCAAAGCGCUUAUCGGAAUGAACAAAGCCCUUGGUUCAAUCCCUGUCACACUCAAACUCCGUACGGGCGUGAAAGACGGACGGAAUACGGCGGAAAAACUCAUGACUAGAGCUGUCGGUGGCGGUGGCGAGAGCGGUUGGGGAGUUGGAUGUAUAACAUUGCACGGUCGUACGCGACAACAAAGAUACACAAAACUUGCGGAUUGGGAGUACAUCAGACAGUGCGUGGAUGCUGUCAGGGCAAGAGAGGCGGAUGAAGAUCUUCCCCCAAUACCCAUCUUUGGCAACGGUGAUUGUUUUUCCUCGCAUGACUAUCAUUCCGCUGUCGAGCGGUACCACGUGGAUGGGGUUAUGGUUGGACGGGGAGCCCUGAUCAAGCCUUGGAUCUUUACGGAGAUCAAGGAACGGAGGGAGUGGGAUAUUAGCAGUCGGGAGAGGUUAGAGGGUAUUAGGAGGUUGGCGGAGUUUGGUUUGAGUCACUUUGGUUCUGACACAUCCGGAAUCAACACCACCCGUCGAUAUCUCUGCGAAGCUCUAUCCUUCCAAUAUCGGUACGUGCCUAUCGGCCUGUUGGAGGUGUUGCCCGCGAAAAUCAACGAUAGAGCACCGCGGUUUAGAGGGAGAGAUGAGUUGGAGAACCUUCUCGCGAGCCCCAACAGUGCCGACUGGGUUAAACUUUCGGAGAUGUUUCUCGGUCCUGCACCGGAGGCGUUCGUUUUUGUACCAAAACAUAAGAGUAAUGCAUAUGAGAGUCAAGGGUGAAUGGGGUCAAAUAUGCUAACAGCUAUGCCAGUAUUGAGGUUAUGUUUACUAAACAUGUACAGCACUCUUGACUAUAAUGGAUCAUAUGGAUCAUAUUUGUUCGCCCGCCUUCUAGCGUCAAACCUUAUCUUCCCGUCGUACUAAUGACCACGCUUGACCGUUACCACCACAAUCAUGGCG